AUGGCAGGUUUAUAUAAAAGUGUAAAGGCUCAUAUUUUAAAACAAAAUCCACGUGCAUUUUUUGUCCCGUGUGCAGCACAUAGCCUUAACCUUUGUCUCAAGGAUGCUGGAGGAAGUUCUUCUAUGGCUCAAUUAUUUUUUGGAAUGAAUGAAAGGAUUUAUGUUUUAUUUUCAGCAUCUAUAAACAGAUGGAAGAUUUUAAAAAAACAUUUUAAUAAGCUUUCUAUAAAAAAAUGGGCAGAAACCCGAUGGAACAGUCGUGUGAACGCUGUGAAAGCCAUUCGAUUCCAAUUAAACGAAGUUGUAGAAGCUUUGGAGGAGAUUUCGGAUACAGCAAAUGAUUUAAAAAUAAAAAGUGAAUCACAUUCUUUAGCCAAAGAAAUAUAUGUUUCAAUGAGUUUACUAAAUGGUUUAAUUAUUUUUUUGGAAAACUAUAGGGAAAAUGGAUAUGCAUUAGCUAAAGUUAAAGCAGAAGAAAUUAUAUCACCAAUGGGAAUUGAAAUAAAGUUUAAAAAAAAUAAAAUUAGAAAAAAGACCAAAAUGUUUCAUUAUGAAAGUAUAGAUGAUUCUUUGAACAACGAGGAAGAAAAUUUUAAAGUGAAAUACUUUUUAGUAUUAGUUGACCAAACUCUGGCAUCAUUGAAAAAUAUGGGAGAAGAAGAAUUAUUUAAACAUAGUCAAGAUUUACAAAUAACACUCACGGAUGGCGAAUCCGCAGAUAUUGAUACGACUGAUUUAUGUAGUGAGCUGAUAAUUUUUCGCACUAUGGUCAAUGAAAAUACUACUGCCAUUCAAGCUCUAAGAAUUCUUAAAACAUCUUGUGGUUCAUUUCCUAAUAUAAACAUUGCAUUUAGAAUCUUGUUGACUAUCCCAGUGGCCUCUGCAGGUGCAGAAAGGGCGUUUUCAAAAUUGAAAAUUAUUAAAAACUAUCUUCGUAGUACCAUUUCUCAAGACAGACUUUCUGGGUUAGCGAUACUCUUAAUCGAAAAUGAAUUAGCAGAAACAUUAGAUUACAACCAACUUAUUGACCAGUUUGCACUUCAAAAAGCUAGAAAAAAACAAUUAAUUUAG